AUGGCUUCUCGAAUCUCACUUGCGCGCCUCUCGGGCCAGCGCUUCUCGGCUGUGGCUAGAACUACUCGGGCAUCAAACCAGUUCCGCAACGUCAAGGGAUUGUCUACUCUCACGCGGAAAGCUUCGGCUCGCUCAGCUUCGGGUUUAUUGCAGGCAUCUUCAUCAAGCAUCAAUGUCUCGCGACUGAACUUCACUCCUCUGGGAGGCAACCAAAUUCGCACCUAUGCCGACUCCAUCGUUAAGGUCCCCAGCAUGGCCGAGUCGAUCACAGAGGGUACCCUCAAGCAGUUCUCGAAACAGGUCGGUGAUUUCGUUGAGCGUGAUGAGGAAAUUGCGACAAUUGAAACAGACAAGAUUGAUGUUUCGGUCAAUGCCCCCGAGUCUGGUAUCAUCAAGGAGUUCCUGGUGAAUGAGGAAGAUACCGUUACUGUCGGUCAGGAUCUCGUCAAGAUUGAGCUUGGUGCCGCCCCUGAGGGAGGAAAGAAGGAUGAGGGUGCUGAGAAGCCCAAGGAGUCUGAACCCAAGAAGGAAGCUGCGCCUGCUCCAGCUGAAGCCGAGAAGCCCAAGGAGCCUGAACCUAAGAAGGCCGCACCCCCCAAGCAGGCUCCUAAGGCAGAGCCUAAAUCCCAAGCCACUGAGCAGCCAGCUCUUGGUGGCCGUGAGGAACGCCGGGUUAAAAUGAACCGCAUGCGUCUGCGUAUCGCCGAGCGCUUAAAGCAGUCUCAGAACACCGCCGCUUCUCUCACCACUUUCAACGAGGUUGACAUGUCCUCGCUGAUGGAGUUCCGGAAAUUGUACAAGGAUGAUGUGCUCAAGAAGACCGGUGUGAAGCUUGGUUUCAUGAGCGCCUUCUCCCGUGCUUGUGUACUUGCCAUGAAGGAUAUCCCCGCCGUCAACGCCUCCAUUGAGGGUCCUAACGGCGGCGACACCAUCGUCUACCGCGACUACGUUGACAUCAGUGUUGCAGUUGCCACCGAAAAGGGACUUGUCACUCCUGUUGUUCGCAACACCGAGGGCAAAGAUCUCGUUGGAAUUGAGAAGGCCAUCGCCGAUCUCGGAAAGAAGGCUCGCGACAACAAGUUGACCAUUGAAGACAUGGCAGGUGGUACCUUCACCAUCAGCAACGGUGGUGUCUUCGGCUCACUGAUGGGUACACCAAUCAUCAACGCCCCCCAGACAGCUGUCUUGGGUCUCCACGCCAUUAAGGACAAGCCUGUUGCUGUGAACGGCAAGGUUGAGAUCCGUCCCAUGAUGUACCUUGCUCUUACCUACGAUCACCGUCUCCUGGAUGGUCGCGAGGCCGUUACUUUCCUUGUCAAGGUCAAGGAGUACAUUGAGGACCCCCGGCGCAUGCUGCUUUGCUAG